CUGGGUUAGCACCAGCUCCUGCCAGCUUCAGCGCUCCCCUGUUCCAGAGCGCAUCAUUUACUGGGCAGCCCUCCUGGAGUCCUUGCGGAAGAUAUAUGCUGGGGACCGACCUUCCAGCCUCAAGUGAUCGUGCUAAGGCAGCUCCAGUGGUGAGAGAAGGGGGGCACUGCUUGGGCUCAAGGGUAGGUGACCUUUCUGCGCUAAACGAGGUUUCAUGCUGAAACCAGGACAAAAUGCAGAGCCUGACAUCUGCGUCUCCGGGGCAGGGACAGGGCUGAUGCUUGGGCUAGGAAAUCCCAGGGGCCGGGCAGGCCUGCUGACCUAUGAGCAACCCCUGAACGGGUGGCCUUUAAAACCACUUUGCUAGAUCGCUGCAGCUCGCUCCUGCAGCCUGUGAUUUUCCCAUCCUCCCCCACAAGAGCAAUUUCGUGCUGAAGCUGUUUUGUGGAGCUCCAUUUUGUGGAGCUCGGAGGGGGUUAUUCCUCCUCCCCCCCCCCCGAAGGAAGUUAUGCUGACGUUACAUCUCCUGGCUCAGGACAGCAGGUAUAAAAUGCAAAACUGCAGAAAAGCCAACCAGGAGCAGAACUAGACAGACAGCACCGAGCCGGCUCUGCCUGCUUCUGCACACUUAACAUCAGAAAGCAAAUUCAUUCCGGAGACGCUUGCACGGGCACAGAUAUGAGAUCGCUAUAUUUAUUCCUCCUGUCGGUGUUCUGUUCAGCCCAAAAGAUACCAAGACUGAAGUUUACCCUUAAAGACUCUCCUGUGCUGAGCUUUGAGAAUGGGGAGAAGUCCACAGUCCUCUUCCAUGAUGCCGGAUCUGAGCAGCUGUACGUUGGGGGCAGGGGAGCGCUGCGCAUCUUGACAUAUAAGGAGUCGGAGGUCAACCAGACCCAGGUUCCCCUGUUGGCCGACGAGAAGGCAGAGAAGAACUGCAGGAGCAAGCCUGGGGCAGUGCAGGCCGAGUGUGACAACUACAUCCGGGUGAUCCAGAGGCUAAACAGCAGCUCCAUCAUCGUCUGCGGCACCAACGCGGGUUCCCCCAAAUGCUGGUUCCUGAGCAAUGACACAAGGCUGCAGCAGGACAAACGGGGCCAAGCCCUUGCCAUCAGUGGGGAGAGCCUCGCCCCGGCAUCACCGUCUCAGCCGGCUGCAGCCAUUGCCGUGGAGGGCAGCCUGUACUCGGCAUUGUCUCAGGACAGAAGCACCAUCCAGAGGAGCUAUGGCCCAAGGAAGCUGCUGAGAACAGAAGACAAAUGGCUCGCCAAGGCAGAGUUUGUCACUGCCGCCUUGGUGCCGGGAAAGGAGUCCCACCUGGAUGAAAUCUACUUCUUCUACAACGAAGUCAACAAGACAGCGGGGCUGGAUGAAGAGCCGGUCAAAACCCGGCUGGGCCGCGUGUGUAAGGUGGAUGAAGGCGGGAAGAGCCUCCUGGUCGAUUUCUGGACCACGUUCCUCCAGGCCAGGCUGGUGUGCGGCAGCCCCACCCAUCCCCAGCGCUUCAACCAGCUGCACGAUGCCGUGGUUCUGGGUGAGGGGAGGAGGGGCCAAGGGAUGCUGUACGGGAUCUUCGCCAGCGCCUGGGGCACGACCGCCGUGUGCGCCUACUCCAUGGACAAGGUGACCCGUGCCUUCCAAACCUCCAAGCUUAAGGGCUACACCAACGUCCUGCCAGCACACCGACCUGGCACGUGUGUCCCCUACAAUUCCCCUAAUGCCCCCUCCAAAGCCGUCCUCAGCAUCAUCAAAGAUUACCCCGAGAUUGAGACCGUCAUCUACCCCGAGGGGCAGCGCCCCCUGUAUGUGCUGCAGACUAAUGACACCUACACCAAGGUGGUGGCUGACAGGGUCCUGGACGCCAGCAACACUUCUCGCACUGUCCUCUACCUUGGGACGGAUAAAGGGAAGAUCCACAAAGUCCUGCAGACUGGAGGGCAGACGGUCAUCAUCGCAGAGCUGAGCCCUUUCCGGAGAGACGCGCCCAUCUCUGGGAUGGCCCUGGAUGCCUUCACAGGGCACCUCUAUGUAGCCACCGAGUUCGAGGUGACGCGCCUGCCACUGGCAGACUGCGGGCAGUACAAGGAGACCUGCUGGAAGUGUGUCCUCGCCAAGGACCCAUACUGCGGAUGGGAUCCAGAUGGCAAAAAAUGCUCGGCCAUCUCCGGAGAGUCAAAUGACACUGCCAGCAACUUCCUGCAGAGCCUGGACCCAGAGGCUGAGGAUGUGUGUGAAGGUGCAGCAGAACAAGUAGCGCCGGAAGUCCUGAAAAAGGUGAGCGUGGACCCGACCAGCUACAUUUACCUCCCGUGUCCUCUGCGCUCCCACCACGCUAUCUACACCUGGGUCAAAGACGGCAGCAAGCAGUACCCCUGUGCCAUGGACGGGCACUCCUGCACGCUGCGCUUUGGGGAGAACACCCCCAUGGACCAGGGGCUGUUCAAAUGCACAGCCAUAGAGGACGGCUACCUAGAGGAGAUUACUGCCUAUAAACUCACGCUCAACGCUGCCUGCAUCCCACCGCUCUCCGUGACAGUGGCCGCUGGCGCUUUAUUCCUUGUUGUCACCAUCCUCUUGCUUUAGACUCUGCCAUCCAAGUGGAGAUCUCAUUCCACUGCCAAUGAUGUCUCUUUCUUUUUCUUCUUGUAACCCUCCCUCCUGAAGAUUCUCCCUUUAAACCCCAAACAGAACACGCGACGCUAUAGGAACAAAAUUCCAGGGGGCUCCUCCGAACGCUCCAAUUUGGGCGUCCCAUCAGCAAACACAGCUGUUACGGCAGGGGUUUUGCUAGCCAUCGAUAACCCAGGAGCCUCCUUCCCAAAAUGUACGGCACGACUAAACUUGGCAGAGCUGAGGAGGGGGAUAGUUAUAGUAGAGGCAAGGAGGGUAAAUGGACUUAUUUAUUUUGUUGCUCAGUGGGUCGGUAGGCCUGCUGCCAUGCCAAUCCCAGUUUAGCAUCCAGCUUGUCUGAUGGGCACUGGUCCAGACUGGGAGUUUGCUUGUUCCAGGGCUGCUGGGCAAUAGGAUUUUGCUGGUUUCCAUGACGUGGCUUCUUUAAGGAACAAUUCUCCCCAGGUGCUGCUGGGGGAGAGAUGAUGCAUGAGUGGAUCUCUUCCAACUGCAGCUGCUAGGCGCUAAAUCCUUUUAGCAUCCACGCUGUUUAAAGGGAAAGCUCCUCCGAUGAGCCCCAAGUCUGACCCGUUCAGAGUCAUGCUCCAGGCUGUUCUCUCUGUGGUCUUUUGUGCACAGUUCCCCUGAUUACCAGCCUGGCCUGUGUUUUCAAGGGAAGGGAGAGUGAUCCUCCAGACGCCCACAAUCUGAGCUUACGCUGGGGUAAAUGCAGAGUCACUGCGUUGACUUGGCGCUUCCAGUGACGGUUCUGCCUUCAAGCAAUUGUCUUCAGCUACCGUCUUGCUGUGGUUUCAAUCGGCGCCAUGCAGAGGCUGCUGGACAACAAACUGGUGGCCGUGGGAGGGAUC